UUGUUCAUUUCAGCCAGUGGCUAAGGUGAGGGCUAUCACUUUAAAUCCCGAGCUAGUUUAGUACUACUAUUAUGGAAAGUCUAGUUUCAAAACAUGAUCCAUCUCUGUGAAUCGAUUCUGUUUUAGACUCUUGCUUGUUUGUUUAUUAUUAUUUGCUUGUUAAAUUGGAAAUAGGAUAAUAAAUGAUUCAAUGGUUGACUGAAUUGAGUGAAUUAAGAACUGUUAUAUAUAUAUAUAUAUGUAUACAUAAGUCUGUUAUGAGAUUGCGGGGCACAGAGAUGUUGUGCUAACGGCGCAUUGUGUGGGGAUUGCGGGACACAUAGACGUUUGUGUUAGCGGCCAUUGUAUGGAGAUUGCGGGACAUAUGGACGUCUAUGCUAGCGGCGUAUUGUAUGGAGAUUGCGGGGUACAAAGACAUUUGUACUAGCGGCGCAUAGGUGAUUGUGGGGUACAAGGAUGGACUCUUGUACUAGCGGCGCAUAGAGUUGUAUAUUUAUAUCCGUAUGAGGAGAAUUCGGGGUGUGUGAUCUAGUUAUGCACUAUCAGCGCAUUUAAUGUUUUAUAUGGUGUAUUAGACACCGUGUUUGUUUCAUGCUAGAGCUACGCCUACAUGGCCGUAGUGCUAUGUACUGAGUCAGUGGUUUGCGGUUUAGCAUCCCAUACCUCAAGGGUAACUCCCCUUUUACUCACCCCUCCUUCUUUCCCCCUUUCUGGUGAGAUUGGCGAGCAUGAGUGAUUGCUAUCGGAUUGGUGUUUUGGGAGUUUUAUUUCUUUUAUUUCAGACUUGCGGUUCUUAUGCUUUUAUCGAUAUUUUCGGGAUUUAUUAUGCUAUUUAUUGGAUUUAUGGCUAUUUAUUGGAUUUAUGGAGUGUGAAGACGAUUCAUGAGGAUUAAUAAAUGCGGAUUUCAGGAUUAAUAAUUUUAUUAUUUAUUUUAGUAAAUACGGGUGUUACAUGUUCCUUUGGCGCCAAAUAUUGUACAAGACUGUUUGAGCGACAAUCUUUCAAAGGAUAUGUGGAGUUUGGCGUCUCAUCCAAGAUAACAGCUCGGUCCAUGUAGUGAAUAUCGGUUGAAAGGGGCUUAGCUUUGCCAACACCGGCCUCCAUAUUUCUGCAGCAAAACCACAAAUUAAGAGAAUGUGGUCUCUCGUUUCGGUUCCAAACAGACAAACAGCACAAUAAAGAGAGAUGGGUAUUCCCCAAGAUGCCACAUGUUGAAAGCGUGCUUGGGCACAUAGCAUUUAAACAAACUUGCUUAUACCAGUCUUUUUCAGGUUUUUUUUUCUUUUUUCAGUUUCUUUUGGUCUCCAGGCCUCCCAAGUUCUUGCUGCCGAGAAACCCCCCUGCAGUAAGAUUCGUUUACUACCCAACUGAACCGAUCUUCAGUAAUAAUCGUAAAGUUACAGAUAUUUGUAAGCUCAAGAUAAGAGCUUGGUGUUGGUAGAACAAGAGAAGGAGUCACACAUGUUGAUCGAUGUAUGAUACACCGCUGCGAGUUAGUUAUGGAACGAUUACAUGUCAGAUAAUCAUUGGGUCCAAGAUAUUAUUUUGGCGUGAAACAUAGAAGAUUUGAAUUUAGCAAGAUAUUAGGAAAUAGAAUAUUGUGGCUAGGAACAUAUAUAACUAAACUACCUUGGGUAGAUUUAGGUUACGCUUUUUCAUUGAGAAAAAGCUUGAGCAAUAGAGUUGUUCUUGUCAAGCGGGUGAGAAUGCAAAGGCAAGUAACUUGUGAGUGCAGCUCGAUCUUUGUAUUUGAGAGAUUAGAAAAUUGGUCCGUCUCUAGCCGUGUGUGACUGAGAGUAAAUCGGAGGAUAACUCCAUAUACCCUCUACCCCCUAAAAAUUUUCCGUUUAUCCCUUUAUUAUAAUAUAAUUUCUUUUUCAAUUUUUUUUUAAAUAGAAAAAGUGGCUAAAGACGGAUUGCCCCUACCAUAAAUUAGAUAUUUACAAGAUCAAACCGGAAAGAUCCGACCCACACAUAACAAACUCUAAAACCCGACCCAGCUAAACCAAAACGAUAUCGUUUUGAAUUACUCAACUCAUUCCCUUCUCCAAAUAUCGAUCCUUUCGUCGUCUCUCCCCUCUCGACACUCUCUAUUGCAAAAUCGGAGAUUGAAACCCUAGAGUAUCCAUCUUCGUUCUUCCUUGUUCAUUCUCCAUCUAAUUCGAAAAUCCAUCUUCGUUCUUCCUUGUUCGUUUGUGUCUCAACUAUCUCUUUGUCUCUCUUAUCUGAAACCCUAAAGUCUAGACCGCUUCGUUUCUUCUUCCUUCUUUGUCGAAAUCGAGGCUCCAUCUUCGUUCCUUGUGGUAAGUGAUUAGUUUCCCUUUAUUUGGUUGUUAUUUGGUCGAAUUUGUAUGUAGAUUUGAAAACAAAUUUGGGGAAAACUUUGAAUGUGUCUUAUGUUUAGAUAUUGGCUUUGAAAUUGGAUAAGAACUUGGUAAAUCUAUUGUUUAGGUAUAUAUUACAUCGAAUCUGUAUGUAGACUGAUGCGUUUUUUUGUGUGUUUCCGAUUUGAGUGAUAAAUUGUAUUUAAUUUUGUUAAUAAAAUUGUAUUGGGGAAAUUUAGUUGAUGUUGUGUUGUUGUUUUGCGGUUUGAAUUUAGUUUCAUUGAGUGUUGUAAUGUCUUGUACAGGGAAGUUAUGAAGGGAAAUCAAAAGGGAGUCGUAAAUCUCUUAGAAUCCGAAAACCGGAAUCACAAGAGCAGUAAGAAGAGUAAGAAGAGUAAGAAGAGUAGGCCAGUGAGAGAGUCAGUGAGAGCACUGAGUGUAGAAUCGCUCUCAGCCUCAGAUGAGUCCGAAAGGGAGGGGUCCGAUAAGGAGGGGUCCGAAAGAGAGGCAAUGCAACCAAUGCAACCCCUUGAGUUCUACUUCAAAAGCAGUGAGUUCCCCAAGAGUUCCAAGAUAGAAACUAAGUGCUUUGUGACCAAGACAGUAAAGCUCAUCAAGGGUAAGCCUGAGGCUGAAUGGUUCACAAGCCAUCCUCAGUUUCGACAUUUCUUCCACAUGCCAGACGAAGAUAACCUGAAGCUCCAGGGGAUGUGGAUGUUACUCCUGCGCACCAUUUGUACUCCAGAAGAUGAUGUUGCAUGGUUUGUGGUUAAUGGUGUACCCAUCCGUUAUUCUAUGAGGGAGCAUGCCCUUAUCUCUGGCUUAGACUGCGGUGAUUAUCCACCAAACUAUUGGAAGUUGGAGGGUUAUAAGUUUGUGGAUUAUUACUUCCAUGACAGAAAGAAGAUCACCAUCAGCGAUGUGAAGCAGAAGAUGUUGUUCUAUGCCACCGUGUCCAGAUAGAUUGAAGAUGACUGUCUUGUUUUUUCUUGGUCAGGUUAUCAGAGGAAAGCCGAAGGAUUCUGGACAUUUAGACCUCUUCGUAUUAAGGAUGAUGGACGAUUUAGAUGCUUGCAUAUCAUUUCCCUGGGGUCGUCUAACAUUUGAGGAUGCAAUAAAGGAGAUUAAGCACGUGAUGAACAAUCUGAAGGGUGAAGUGAAAGAGGCAUGCGCCUUUCCUGGAUUCAUAAUCCCUUUAGAGGUAAAGCAUAUAGUUUUGUAAAUUUUUAGUUGUAAUAUAAUUGAAAUCUGACACUGUGGCAAUGGAUGUACUAGGUUAUGGCUUUUGAGUGUAUUCUGGAUUUGGGGAAAACGUUUAGAAUCUAUUCAGACGACUCUAGUGAAGACUGUCCAAGGAUGUGCAAGAGCCGGUUUACAAAGUCCAGUCUUAAGGGUUAUCCUUUGGAAGACAUAUAUGUUGCGGUUAGAGACACAAAGGUACAUGUAUAUAGUUAUAGUAGAAGCUAGAUGAACAUAAAAUUUAACUGAUCUAACUUAUUGUUUUAUUUUCAGGUUAUCAACAGUGUGUUAGUUCCAACUAUUAGUGAGCAAAUUAUGCUGGCUCGUAUCAUUGAUGAGGAGCGAGAGUAUGACCGUCAGGGCAGCCCAAGUGAUACUUGGAACUACUGGUUAAAUGUGAAGCAGAAGAAUAUUUGGGGGAAAGAGCUAUAUGAGUUAGAUCAAGCUGCACGAGGAGUGUUGCCAAAAAAGAAAAACAAAGAAAAGGUGACGUUUGCAGAAGGAUCAUCCUCUAAUUCUGGUUUAGAUUCGAGGUUGCAAGGUCUGGAAGAGAGGAUUUUGGAGUUCAUGGGAGAAGGAUUUGUUGGACUUCACGUAACGGUGGAGACAAAGCUAGAGGCUCUAGGAUCAAGGAUGAGUCAUAUUGAAAAGAACCAGCGGAUUUUGAAAAGAAGGGCUAAGAAAAUGGAAGACAAGCUAACUUCUAUUGAGAGUAAGGUGGUACCGAGUCAUGGUGAAGACAUGGAUUUUCGACAGUGGGACUAUGGUACAUAUGAAGAGAAGGAGAAAGCUAAUUCUGAGAAGGACAAAGCUAAUGUUGAGCAAGAGGCUGGGAAAGAGAACGAUAACUUCGAGAAUACUGAGCAAGAGGCUGAGAGAAAAAAUGAUGAAGAAGGGGAAGAGAAAGAGGCUGAUGACAAUGCUCAGCAAGAGGAUGAGAAAGAGAAGGAAAAUAGUGAGGGUGAUGAGCAAGAUAAGGAAGACAGUGAGAGUGAGAGUGAGAAUGAGACUGAUGAGUUGAAGCAAUUGAAGGAGAUAUGUAGAGCACAAGCUGAUAAACUGUGGAAAGAAAUUGAAGCGGAUGAAGAAGAGGUUGGAGGGAAACAGGAUGAAGAAGAAAGUGAAGAGAAAGAGGCUGAAACCAGUGACGAAGAGAAGGAGAACAGUGAGGAUGAUGAGAAAGUUGAAGAAAAAGUUGUGGAAUCUGAGGCUGAAGGCGAAGAUGAUCAAGCAGAGGUUGAAGGGAAAGAGGAUCAAGAAGAAGAAGUUGAAGGGAAAGAGUUUGAAACCAGGGAGCAAGAUAAGGAGAAAAGUGAGACUGCUGAGGUGGAAUCUGAGGCUCGGGAGGCAGAGAUAGAAAAAGGAACUCCGACACCACCACGUGGAAAUCAUACAGAGGGAACUCCCAAAGAUAAUCACAAUGAGCCUCGGGUUGAGACGAAUAGAACCGAUGAAACUCCAAUACCACCACGUGGGAAUCAGAUGGAGGGAACUCCCACACCACCACGUGGUAGGACUAAGGCAAUGGCUGCGAGGGGACUAAUGACAAGGCCUAUGGAGGGAGAACCUGGAAAAGGUGUUGAAGUUGUUGCGGAAGAGACUGGAAACAGAGGGAAAAAGCAGGAAGAAAGUUGCAGAAGAAGAGAAAAAAGAGGAAGAGGCUGUGAAAGCUGUUGAAGAACAGGCUGGGG